AUGCCCGGUAUAGGCCCCAAUGAACUGUACAACAACGACUUCAGCAUUCCUGCUGUUCCGAUGCCCAUGAUGACGGGCGAGACGGGCCCUAUAGUCAAUCAUGUGUCGCUGCCAGUGGCCAUGGUCAUUGGCGGCUUCUUUGCCCUGGCCUGCUAUAAUAGCAUUGAGAUUUUCAUCUUCAUCUUGUCAACCUUUAAGCGAAAGCGAGGACUCUACUAUUGGAGCAUGGUGGUGGCCGACUUGGGCAUCCCCAUUCACGCCACGUCCGUUUUGCUGCGCUUCUUUAGCCUGGCGCCCAACCUCCCCAUGUGUGUCAUAAUCGAUUUUGGGUGGUUCAUGAUGGUGACGGGCCAGGCCGUGGUCUUGUACGCGCGCCUGCACCUCGUCGUGGGCGAUCCGCGCAAGAUUCGCUGGGUCCUCGUCAUGAUCAUCACCAUGUUCCUGGCCGUACAGAUUCCGACGGCGGUCCUAUUCAUCACGGCCAACUCCAGCAGCCCCGGGCGCGACCUCGCAGAGAGCAUCUUUAAUGUCUACGAAAAGGUCCAAAUCACCGCCUUUACCUUGCAAGAGGCCAUUAUAUCUGGCCUGUACGUCUACGAGGCCUCGGAAGGCCUCAAGCUCAUGGACGUGAUCAAGGGCCCCCGGGUCCGGGCCGUCAACCGCGAGCUCAUGGCCCUCUUCAUCCUGGUCGUGACCCUCGACGUCUCCCUCAUGAUUACCGAGUACACCAACAAUUUUCAGAUUCAGACGACGUACAAGCCAGUCGUGUACAGCAUCAAGCUCAAGGUGGAGGCCCUGGUACUCAACAAUCUAUUAUCUCUGGUCCAGUCGGGCACGUGUUCCUGCUGGACCUCGGUGGAGCGGCAGUAUUCCCUGUCGCAGCAGCGGUAUAAUUCCUUUACGGCAGCCACAUCAACAGAACCGGCCUUUAAUGUACCGCAGACGUUUAGGACGAAUUCAUCAGUACGAUCUACGGCCGAAGCUACGAAUUGGAUGGAUACUUGGGGUGGUAUAUAUGACGGCCGCCCUCAGUUUUCCAAAAAGCGAUCAAAAGGUCAAUAG